AUGGGUGUCAUCAACAUUCACAACAUUUCCAACCAUGAUCAGCUGUUCUACAUCCACGGAUGGGGACAGAACGAUACGACCGUAGGUGCUGGUCAGAUGCAUACUUUUGAUUCGCCAGACGGCAGUUCUGGCGCUAUCAUAGCCGUCCAUGAAGGGCGUGAGGGGGAGCAAGUUGAGGUUACCAAGGCCGGCUGGGGAGGAAACGACGUCUUUGAUACCAGCGUCCUUGCUGGCUCUGGCGGAAAUAUCACAGUGCAACACUGGGGCAAUGACUCUACCCGCAAGGGGGCGCCAGAUUACAUGCAAGAUGCUCAGGUGGCCUGGGACAAUGCCAGCCAGGAAACUAAAGAUGCCAUCCGAAGCGCAGUCAUCAUCAACGGGGAGGGCAAGGUUGUCUAUAUUGGACCUACCAAGGAGAACCCGCCGCUGGAGAAUUGGGUUCGCAGCUUUGCCAACGGCAAGACCUACAUAGGCAUCGGCGCUUGGGGUGACUUCAAGGGAGAUGUCAACGACAACAAUCAGAGCUCGGCUGCCCCCGGCAGUCAGGACAUCAUCAUCACUUACAACGAUGGCAACGCCAAUCCUACACUGGGCGCCUCAGGUGGGUCAAAAGAGCCCGAACCAGCUGCAGCCUUCAUAUUCAUGGCUCAGGCUGCCGACGCCGACGCGCAACAGGGUCCAGGGAUCGUCCUGACUAACAAGUCCGGGACACAGUGUAACUACAACUUCUACAACAAUACGGCCAACGGCGAUGGGUGGGCGAAUCCCGAGUUCAACAACACCACGGCGAGCGUGACGCUUGAGGGUGGCCAGACGCAGUUUGUAGCUCUCGACAGCUCCUUCAAGGGUCGCGUGCAGCGCGGAACGCAGCAGCCGGCGACCUGGGUCGAGUUUCAGCUGCGGGCUGACGACGGCUGCGCCUGGGGCAAUAUAUCGCUCAUCAUGGGCUGCGACGGUGCGGCUGUCAUCUCGGCAACCGAUGGCAAAGGCGUGAGUGCGGGCUUCACACAGGACAUUGUGAGCGGCGCCCCCGAGGCGGCCAAGGUAACGCGCGCCGACGGCGCCGUCGUGCUCGAUACCACGCAGGGCUACUGGGCUGGCGGGCCGAACAAGGCCGCUAGCGACCACGAGAUGGCUGUCGUGGGCCAGCAGAACGCAUACGUGCUCGGAGGUUCAGGGACCACUGUCGUUCGCUCGGAGAACAACCGUCUCGCUGUGGACAUGUAUUAA